AUGUCGUGGCAAGCUUACGUCGACAACAACCUCCUCGGAACCGGCAAGGUUGCCAAAGCUGCAAUCCUUGGUUUGGCUGGAGGCGUGUGGGCUAAGUCGCCUGGUUUUGACAUCACCCCUGAGGAGCAGAAAGCCAUCAUCGCUGGAUUCUCAGCGCCCGACACCAUUCAAGCCAGCGGUGUCCGUCUCGCAGGCCAAAAGUUUUACACACUUUUUGUAAUUGAUCGCACUAUCCAGGCGAAGAAGGCGGCCGAUGGCGUUGUCAUUGUCAAGACUAAGCAAGCCGUGCUGGUCGCUGAAUAUGUCGGUCCCGUGCAAGCGCCCGAGGUCACACCCAUCGUCGAAGGGCUCGCCGAUUAUCUGAUCUCUGUUGGAUAUUAG